AUUGCUGCUGCUUAAGACUAUUUCUUUCCUUGGUCAAAAAAGAAAAAGGAACGAAAAUAAGAAAUCUGCAUCCUUAUCAAGCAGACAAACUUAAUUGGUCAUCUUAAGCAGUAUCAGCAAAUAGCCUACCAUAUUGAUGGCUGUUUCACCUGAAUACAUGCCAGAAAAUCCCAUUGAUUUUCGUGCUCCGCCGCCCUCUCCUAUCGCCUCUGGCCGAAGAUCAUCCGUCACCAAUGAUGGAGUUCUCAAUGAAUUUCUUGAGCACUCUCUACGUGUUCCGGAUUUGAUUUUACCUGACAAUUUCUUUCCAAAACAAAAAAUUGUUGAAACACCUCCAAGAAUCGAUUGUCAAUCACUGAAUUCUAAGGAAAGUAAUUCAGUUCUCAAGACAUUGGAUUCAAUAGCAAGAAUCGGGUGCUUCCAACUAGUUAACUUUGGAAUUCCAAGUGAGUUUAUAAAGUUGGUGUCGGUCAUGGCAGCAGGAAUCUUUCAGCUUCCUUCUGAAAAGAAGGCGGCGGUGAUGAAGUCACCAGAGAAGCCUUAUGGAUUCGAGGAAGUUCAUGGCGAUCAAGAGGCCGAGAAUGAAUUAAGUGAAGAGUUUGUGUGGAGUAAAGAUGAGAGUUUGAAAUUGGAUAUGGAGAGAAUAUGGCCAACUGGGUAUUCAAAUUUCAGCGAGAAAAUGGAGACCCUUUCGUCAGAUUUAGGGAAUUUGGCUGCGAAGAUUCUCCAAGUUCUCCAAGAAAAUUGUCCGAGAAAAUCAAAGUAUGCAAAUGAUAUGAUGCAGAGGCAAGAUCGCAUUGGCCCAGUCUGUUGCCUUUACAAGCAUAGACGUGACAUUCCAGCUGAUCGACUGGCUAGCUCCUUGGGAUAUGAUGUGUUCAGCAUGCUAAUUAGGGGAACUGACUACUCCCAUGCCUUGUGUUUGCAUAUAUGUGAUGGAUCAUCGCAAUUUCAUGUUUACUCCAAGAAAAGCUGGGUGUCUUUCUGCCCAGAUAAAGAUGCGUUGAUUGUCACAGUUGGAGAUCAAACACAGGCUUGGAGUGGUGGCCAGUACAAGCAAGUUCUAGGAAGACCUAUCUUUAAAGGAGAGGGUGAGGACAAUAUUUCAAUGGCUUUUCUCUAUUCUCCUCCAAACACCAUUAUUUGCUGCUCCAAAACCACCAAGGGAAAGACUCUUUCCCUUGGCCAGCAAGCUAUAUUGGCUAUAAUUUUGACUCUGGUGUACCAUUUAUUAGUUUAUUUUUACAAGAAACUUUGAUGCUCUCAAAUGGAUUCAUCAACUAAUAAGAAUAUACGUAUUCAUAUUAUUAUUAUUAUUAUUAUU